AUGGCCCAAGUUAGCUUCUCGAAGGCAGCUGCCCUCUCCGUGCUCCUGCUGGUCGCAUCCCUGGCGACCAUCGUCUCCGCCCAGGAAAUGGCCCCGGCUCCCUCGCCGUCGCAGGUGACCGGCGCUGGCUUCUCCGUUCCCGCCUCCGGCGCUUUCGUUGCCGUCUCUGUGGUCGUUUCUCUCAUGGGUCUGUUGAAGAUGUAA